UAUCCAGUCAUUACGGUAAUCUGUGAGCCAACAGUGGCGCUCGAUAUGUGUGUCGUUUUAAAGCGGUAAACUGCUGAAUGAGAGGACAUUUUAUUUUUAACAACUCUUACUGAACUCUUAUUUUCAACAGGGAAAGCGUCUUGUAAUUUCUUCACCAUUUCAUUGGUUUUAAAAAUUACCGACAUCAGUUGUUGCUGACAGAAAAGAAUGUCCCUGGACUGUGGCGUAUUGAACGUUGAGUCAUCUCGCGCGGACGUCCACACAGCAGCGCGUCAUUUCAACGCUGUUUUGAGCGGUUUCCUUCGCAACGGCUGCGCGGCGUUUGUGCGACGGUCAUUCCGUGACAUAUAAUGACUAUGUCCGUCCAGGAGAGAAACUCUGGAUCCGAGGAGAAGGAAGAAGAGAGCGAGGAUGAGAGUGAGAUCGUGGAGGAGAGUCCCUGCGGCCGCUGGCAGAAGCGAAAAGAGCAGGUGAGUCAGGGGAAUGUUCCUGGAGUGGAGAGCGCCUCUCUGGCCAUGGACACUGAAGAGGGUGUUGAGGUAGUCUGGAAUGAGGUUCUCUUCCAUGACAAGAAGGUCUUCAAGACAGUGGAGGACAAAAUGAAGGAGAUGUUUGAGAACCUGAUGCAGGUGGAUCAUCCAAACAUAAUCAAAUUUCACAAAUAUUGGCUGGACAUUGGGGACAAUCAUGCGCGGGUUGUAUUCAUCACAGAGUACAUGUCGUCUGGCAGCUUGAAACAGUUCCUUAAAAAGACCAAGAAAAACCACAAGAGCAUGAAUGUCAAGGCCUGGAAACGCUGGUGUACGCAGAUCCUCUCUGCCCUCAGUUACCUGCACUCAUGUGACCCUCCCAUAAUUCACGGCAACCUCACAUGUGACACCAUCUUCAUUCAACACAACGGCCUCAUUAAAAUUGGAUCAGUUUGGCAUCGACUCUUUGUGAAUGUGUUCCCAGAAGGGGGUGUCCAAGGUAAACUACACCAAAACCGCGACGAUAAGAGGAACCUGCACUUCUUCAGUCCAGAGUAUGGCUCAUGUGAAGAUGACUAUGCCAUUGACAUCUUUUCCUUUGGGAUUUGUGCUUUGGAGAUGGCCGUUUUGGAGAUCCAGGCUAAUGGGGAUUCAGUUGUGUCCAAGGAGGCCAUAUCCAAUGCAGGCCAAUCAUUAGAAGACCCGCUUAUGAGGGAGUUCACCCAGAUGUGUGUGCGUCACAAUCCCAGACUCCGGCCGACGGCGCAUGACCUUCUGUUUCACCGCGUGCUGUUCGAAGUGCACUCACUCAAGCUGCUCGCAGCACACUGCCUCAUCAAUAACCAGUACAUGCUUCCAGAGAACUGUGUGGAGGAGAAAACCAAAUCAUUCGACCCAAAUGGAGUCAUGGCAGAGAUCGUUCACAAAGAUCGUCCUCGCGUUCAGCUCAAGUAUUCUCAUGUUUCUCCUCUAGAGCUGGACAAGUUUCUGGAGGAUGUGAAGAAUGGCAUUUACCCUCUGAUGAACUUUGCGUCCACUCGACCCCAUCCCGUACCUCGCGCCCUCUCCAUGUCCCAAGAGCAGGUGGAGACACUGAAGACCCCCACGCCGGAGCCGCAAGAGGCUGAGACCAGGAAGGUGGUACAGAUGCAUUGUAACCUGGAGUCUAAUGAAGAAACUACUAAAACUCAUCUCACUCUUUUCUUGAAACUGGAUGAUAAACUCCAUCGGCAGCUCAGCUGUGAUAUUAUGCCAAAUGAUAGUUCCAGAGAUUUGGUCAAUGAACUUAUCCAUCAUUCCUUCAUCAGUGAGGAGGAUGGUGACAAGAUCGUGGCGUUCCUGGAGGAAGCUUUGAACCGACACCGUGGGUCUGCUAGUGCCAUAACAACCAUAUGAAUGACAAUGAUCUGUUGCGAUGGCGAUGGAUAUUUACAUGCCAGUGGAACCUGAGAGGGAGGCCUGCCAACAGAAGGAGAAGGACAAUGGAAAAAGAAUGAUCCAGUUUGUCAGUUUGUACGGAUAAUUGAAAUUGUGCUCAAAAAAGAUGACAGAACAUGGCAUACUGGUUUUAUGACGACAUGUGAUUGAGCAGGUUAGGGAUGCACCAGAAAUGCCCAGAUGAUUGUGCUAACCUCCCCGAAUCUCCAUCCAGCACUUCCAGGUGUCACUGUAGGAACCGUCCUUCCCACAAUCCCAUGGGAUUCUUAAGGGCAAUUCGGCUUCUCUUGAAGAAAGCCAAUGUGGUGUAGGUAGGUGUCUGCUGUGGAGGACUCAUUAGUUGAAAAAAAAAAAGUUUAGAAAAAACUAAUAUGUUCAAUAUUGCCAAUCUUGUUCAUUUUUAUGACGUAAACGCAGAAAAACUAUUGUUAGGCCAGAAACAUACUCUACACAAGUAUGCUAAUACAGAUGUCAACACACUACAAGUGCCUGUGUGUUUUUAUGUUACUGUGGUAUUAAAAAACCUCAGUCCUCUGUGAUAGGGUUGCACUAUAUAUGCCAUUAAACCAGAUUUGUUGAUAUAGCUAGCCAUAAACAUCAGAAGUAAAACUUAACAAGCCUUCUCUUCAAACUGUCGUUGUGCCAUGAAAACAGUUUACACUAAUGCUAAUGCUCCGAUAGUGGCAACGCUAAGAAUGCAAUGUCUAUUUGUCUUAUGAAUUGUGUUCAGCCACGUUUUUAUAAAUCAGAGGUAGCAUAGCUAGAAGCAUCAACAUUGACUUACUUGCGUAGAUAAUGUUACUGUCCUCAGGAAAUAAUAAUCUUAGCAUUAAUAUGGCAUGCUUGGAUUGAAGGGUCAAUUAGAAUGUACAUUUUCUGGAGAGUUACCUGUCUUUUAGCUUGUCAGUUUUCCCAAAAUGCUAUCUUCCAAAUAUAUCUAACGAAAGAAGUUGCUUUAAGGCCAAUCAAAUGAAUGUGUUUGUAAUGCAGUCCACACAUUGCCCUGUCGUCUAUCGAGACUCACGAGAAUGUCUUAAUAUGCAGUUGGAGUGUUUUGCAUAUACAGGAAUGUAUUGCCUUAUAUAAACAUUGCUGUUUGCUGGUGUCUAAUAACACUAAUUGAAAAUAAUUUCAAAUAACCACACAUUAUACAGAUUGCACAUGUAAGAAACAUGAAGGAUCCUGGUUAGUCAACCAGCUAACCAGCUGUCAAACUAAAUGGUUUUGGUGGCGACUUUUGUAGAAUGCAUAAAGAUGUUUACAUUUCUGUGGGAUACACUAAGUAGUGGUUUGUCAUGAGCAUUUACUUAACUGAAUAAAGUUAAACUAUCUCUAUUAAAAUGACUAACUGUA